AUGAAAGAACCCAAAUCCUACGACUGGGACAACUACCUCGACUUCCUCCGCGAAGUCCCCGUCCCCGCCGACGCGCUAUCCUUCUUCCUGGCCCGCCCCAGCGCCCGCCCCUACAACCCCCCCACCUACCACCCCAUCCCCUGGCUCUCGCGCCACGACAAAGGCGACAACACCACCGACACACUCUUCAGCCAGGCGCUCAACUCGCCCAACACCAUCCCGCGCGUGCUCGCCCUGCUCCGCGCCGACCUUCUCGAGCCUAGCACGCCCGUCCCCGGCGGGACGACGACGUCCCCGGAGGAAGAUGCAGGGACAGAUGACACCCCGCAUCAGGUCCUUUUCGUGCAGCUGGGCACCGGGCUGAACGGCUUCACGGAUACCGUGCACGGCGGCGUGCUGGCGGCGCUGGUGGACGAGGCGCUGAGUACGUGUGUCGAGGCGGUGCGACAGCGGGACGCUGGGGAGUCGAAGGCGAAGCUGUUUACGGCGAAUUUGAACGUGUCGUAUCGCGCGCCGGUGUAUUCGCCUGCCGUUAUCCUGGUCAAGACGUGGUUGCGGCGGAGGGAGGGGCGGAAGUGGCUCCUUGAGGCGCAGGUCGUUACGGAGGAGGGCAAGACUCUGAUUGAUAGAGGAUUGUGUACAUACUGUACAUACUAUGACUGCAUUAUGGGUUUUACGCUGGACGCGCCUUAA